CCGGGGUUCGAUAACACUUAUCGAUCAGAGCGAGAUAUACUCCGCACGAUCGCUGGGUGGCUGGGGGAGAAAUACCGCAACGAGGUCAAACUGACCGGCAUCAUCUACACGCAUCAUCGGAUGUCGGGAUCAAUAUGCAAGCACCUCCACAUGUUGAGCCGGUUGUGUGGAGACAGGGCUGUCGGGCGUGUG